AUGAGAAAGUUAAUCCCCUUUGGUAUUGUGUUCUUUAUAUUACCAGAAUCUAUUCCGUUGCUUAUCAUGUAUGCUCCUGGUAUGAUUCCAAGCACCUGUCUUACAGAACAGCAAAUUGUAAAGUUUAUAUACAUAUAUCAAAAACGUCGAGAAAAAUUAGAUAAAGUUCGACAAAAAAUGACAUUGAAUACAUUAAAAUCAUCAGAGCAAGUUGAAGGGAUUUCACCUGAAGACUUUUUGUCUCGUACCAAAUUCCUUAAGAUAGCAAAACAUUAUGGAUAUGAUUUUGAAUUAAGUCGAAUUGAUAGAAGACAUCUUUCAGCCUAUUGCAGAUUUAUGGGGCUUAAUGAUUAUGGAUUACAGUUUAUGCUUAAAAGUCGACUAGAGAAACAUAUGACAUAUAUUAAUGAAGAUGAUAAACUUCUUGUUAAAGAUAACUACGUUGAUAAAUUAAACUUGGCUGAAUUAAAGCAUGCUGUAGAAGAACGAGGAAUGAGAUCUGUAGAUGAAGAUGAAGACAAUAUGCGACGUGGAUUGAAAUAUUGGUUAUCAUUGACUCAACCUACAAAUCCUUCAGAAGCUAUUAUUCCUCCUGGUUUACUUGUCUUUAGUAGAAUCUUUCUAUUAAAUGCCAACUAUCAUAACAAGUAUCAAGAUACUGUAUGA